AUGGCAAGCGAACUGACAGGCGAUCAAAUUCAAAAGGUGAUCGGUCGAAUCUGCUAUGUCUAUCUCGAGCUGAACCGUCACGACUUGGCCACUGUCUGGUUCAGUCGGAUGAUCUACGAAUUCAAACAGGAACCGAACCUCUGGAUUCUCUCGAUGUUUGAGAACCACUACAGCGUGCGUGUACUCCAGACGAACAACUUUAUCAACCAAGACUACUACUUCUUUUGGCGAAGCUUCCGUAAUUGCUAUGGUAAACAACAUCGCAACAUCUCAUACUUUUACGAUUCGCUGCUGGUCGAUGUCAACGAACAGAAUCUGAGGGUCUCAAGUCAACUCCGCCAAAAGAAGCUGGAGAAUCUACAACAGCAACUUCAAGAGCUCGAGGUAUCUACCAAGAGCAUGCCAACUCGUAAAAAUAGACAAUCUCUAAUGAAAGUACGCCAACUAAGAAGAGUCAUUGAAACACUAAAGGUAUCGAUCUCCACUGAUUCACAACAUCAUGUUGCAACUGCUUCUACCAGUAGUUCUACUUCUCUGCCGGAGGAGUCGACCGCACCCGAAGAUAACGACGAUCCAUCGUUGGAGGAGGAGAACGAGAAUGACGACAACGACCAUGACGACGACAACGAAGAUGACGACGUUGAGGUCGACUCUGAAGACUUACAGGUGAUCGAUCCCAAGAACAAGUACAUUCGUUUGAGAAACAUCAGAGAUAUCGCAACAUACUUUGAAAACCCGGAAUCUCUUCUUCCCGACACACCGCUCAUUCACUACAUCAACAGUUUAAACAAGACCAAACUGAUGGCUCCUCAUUUCAUUCCACCCUAUAUUCGUGUUCUCGUGAGUAAUCCAUACUACUUUAGUUCGCUCAUCAAAAGCAAAUUGGAUUUGGCAAUUAGUUUUAUCCUAAAGAAUGCCGAUGUCACUCACUACUAUGCAACCUCAAUGUAUGUGCACGAAUUGAUCAUCCAAGGACUCAUCAAUAUGCGACGAUUCGACCUGGCCGAAAGACUGCUGGUCCAUUGCUUCACGUGUAAUCUCAUGUAUCAGCCCCCACAGAAUCGAUUCCAAGCCAAGAUUGGCGUGCGUUUGAUCGAUGAACUCAUCCUGCAAAUUGUCAUGAAUGACAAUGAUCCAUUCAACACCACCCUCAUCAAACUAAUAUUGAAUGUGCACCCCGAAUAUAUACCUGACUACUUUGAGGCAUUCGCUCAACUCAGCCUAAACAAAGCGGACCUCGAUAUUGACAAACUCUACGACCAAACUUUUAAUAUCCGUCCUCCAAGACUGCAAACCGUCAUCCGUACCAUGAUAUUUAUAAAGAAGAAUCAAUCGAACUGGUUCAAGAUGCCAAAGAUUGAGGACGUCCUCUCUUACAUCGCCACUCACAACCCUGUCAUCUCAAGGAUGAACAACCAAGACCUCCAAUUGGUCUACCACGAUAUCUUUAUGACACUCCAAUACAUGGGCGCCAAAGAGCUGAAUAUCUACAUCGAUAAAUACAUCGAGCAAUUGAAACAAAACGAAAAGCAAGCUUUGGAGACUUUCGACGGUACCACUUCGCUCUUGAUCAAACUGCGUCCCGAGAGAGCACUUGAAAUCUUUGAACUUACAAAACCAUCGUGGCUUGUGGAUGAUGCUGCCACCAUCAUUGCCAACGUCGCACAAAAAUCCGAAAACCUCUCUCCUGAGACUGCACAGAAGAUAUCCUCAUUCGCAUCAAGUGAGAAUACAUCCACCAGAGAAUUGUCCAGCGCAUCGAUCCUCUAUAUCAACUCACUAUUAAACACAAAGUUUAGUGCCAACACUCAAACCGAUUUGGAAACAACCAACUCUUCUGCUGACAUGACAGAAACACUUUAA